AUGGCGGCCAACGAUUAUUAUUCAGGACAGUCGUCACAGCCUUAUAACAGACCCCAGUAUUUGGACACAAGGCCAGCCGGGCAAACUGCAAACUCCUACAAUCCCUCAUAUAGCUCCUCCUCCAUCGAUCAAUCACAUCCUUCAUUAGUCUCCGCAGCCGAUGGUCGAAGAGAUGACUAUGAUCAUUCUUCUUCCCGAAUCUCCCAGUUCUCCGAUACAAUUCCUCUCAGAAAUCAACAACAAACUAUAAACACUAAUCAGGACGACUGGCGCACACAAUCAAAUCAAUACUCUAAUUCCCCCGAAUCGCAGACCGCGCCUCCUCUCCUACCAAAGUCAAAGACAAAAUCAAAGAAGAAGGAUGGGUGGUUUUCCGGAAAGAUCCCCUGGGUGGUGUAUAUUGUCAGCCUGGUACAGAUCACCGUCUUCAUUGCUGAAAUAAUUCAAAACUCCAUCGUGACCGGAUCCCCGAUCAUGAUUCAUCCCCAAUUCAACCCUAUGAUCGGACCUUCGACUUACAUACAAAUUAAUAUGGGGGCUCGAUUUACACCAUGCAUGCGCCGUAUUCCAGCCAUUCAGGAUUCCAACACCACUAUCCAAUGGCCUUGCCCAAACACGACCACUUCCGAUCUCAAUGACCCGAGCAAUCAGUGCGAUCUGGCUGAGCUGUGUGGCUUCUCCAACUUCAACAACGAUCAGCCUAAUCAAUGGUUCCGUUUUAUACUCCCAAUGUUUCUACACGCCGGUCUAAUUCACAUCGCUUUCAACCUACUUUUGCAAUUGACCAUGGGUCGAGAAAUGGAGAAAGCCAUUGGUAGUAUUCGAUUCGCCCUGGUUUACUUCAGCUCGGGAAUCUUCGGCUUUGUCCUGGGCGGUAAUUUUGCAGCCACCGCAAUUGCAUCUACGGGUGCCUCUGGGUGCCUUUUUGGAGUCUUGGCCCUGGUGCUUCUUGAUUUAAUUUAUACCUGGAAUGAGAGGAGAAGUCCCGUCAAGGAUUUGAUGUGGAUUUUGGUCGACAUUGUCAUUUCUUUCGUCUUGGGCCUACUUCCAGGACUGGAUAAUUUUUCGCAUAUUGGCGGAUUUUUAAUGGGCCUCGGAGCUGGUGUCUGUCUUUUACAUUCACCCAACAUUCUUCGACAGCGAGUUGGAAAACCAAUUACCAAGUCUUACAACAACAUGGGAUCUGACAGCGAGGUGAACGAUGUCAAGAACCCCAAGACUAGCCUCAUCAGUGGUCCCCAGUCAACGGCAAAGCCAGCCGAUGUUGCUGCUUUCGCAAAGGGCCCGAUCAACUUUUUCAAAGGCCGGAAACCAUUAUGGUGGGGAUGGUGGCUUCUCCGUGCUGGUGCAUUGAUUGCGGUUCUGGUCGGCUUUGUUGUUCUAUUGAACAAUUUUUACACAUACCAUGAUACGUGUUCAUGGUGCAAAUAUUUGAGUUGCUUGCCAGUGAGCAAUUGGUGCGAUAUUGGAAACUUGACUUUUACGGACACAGAUUCGACGAAAACAAAGAGAGAUAUUUUGGAUAUGGGAGUUGUACUGGUCUCGGAUUUGUUCGACGUGAAUUGA